GUGUUGUCUUCACGUUUGCUGUUUAUCGACUUUCGUAAUCGUUGCCGUUAUCGAUAAAAUAUAAUGACAAUAAAUGUAUGAAUAUAAGUAUAGAGCAUACACGUCACACAAUAAUAUUUUAUUCGACCGCAAUUAGUAGGACACGAGAUUACACGAUAACGGAUUUCGGGUAUUUUAAAAGUUGUUUAUAAUUAUAGUUCAUACAAAACGAUUGUAAGCUCACAGUGAGACGUUAGUUAUAGUGUUACGUUAGAAAUAACAUAAAAAUGGACAUUCGAAAUUUUUUCAAAAAACCACGGCUAGAAAAUGAUGAGAUAGAAAAUAGUUUUAAUAACCAGUCACAACCAACUGAACCAGCGAAAAAUGCAUCUCCAGAAACAAAUGUAUCAGUGUCACUUCCAGAGAUUGUGCACCCACAUGACAUAGGAUUAUAUGUGAAUAAACCUGCAACUGAAACUAUUGACUUGUUUCCGGGACUUCAAAAUUUGAUUUGGACACCUCCAGAAGACUAUAAAUUUCCUGUUUCCGAAAAAAGAAAUUUAAAGUUUCAAAGAAGUUGGUUGCUCAAAUAUAAAUGGUUGGCUUAUUCGGCAAUUCUGAAUGGCGUAUUUUGUAAGUAUUGUGUGUUGUUUUCUGUCGGAGGUGGAGGAAUUGGACAUCAAAAUUUGGGACUGUUAGUUAAAAAACCGUUUACAAACUGGAAAAAAGCUUUAGAAUCAUUUAGUUACCAUAACUCACUAGAGUAUCAUAAAACUUCAUUAUUAAAAUCAAAUAUGAGAGCAGAAAUUGAUAACCAAAACAUUUUACCAGUUGAUUUACAAAUUUCGGAACAACAAUUAGAUUUCAUUAAUGAAAGUAAAAAAUGUUUGAUUCCUAUAAUCGAAACUUUAAUAUUAUGUGGCCGGCAGGGUUUGGCCCUUCGUGGUUCAAAUGAUUCAGGGAGAAUAACCUCCGAAGAACCUUUAACUAACGAUGGUAACUUUAGGGCUCUCUUGAGAUAUCGUGCAAAAACUGACGAUCAGCUUAAUACUUUUUUACAAAAUUCCGCAAAAAAUGCCAUGUAUAUCAGUAACCGUAUACAAAACGAAUUUAUUGUUAUAUUUCAUAAUUUAAUUCAAAAGCAGAUUAUUGAACGAGUCAAUAAAUCUCAAGCAUUUUCAGUAACAGCAGAUGAAACUGCCGAUAUUGCUGGCAUAGAACAAGUCUCAAUAUGUGUAAGUUUUGUACCUGUAGCAGAUGUAACUGGGAAAGGUUUAUCAAAUGUUAUUUUGGAUUUCCUUGAAUAUUCUGGAAUUGACUGUGCGUAUUUAUUUGGACAAGGGUAUGACGGGGCUAGUACUAUGAGUGGUGAAUUUCACGGAGUUCAAGCGUAUAUCAGAGAAAAGUAUCAUUUAGCUAUCUACUCACACUGUGCUGCCCAUAGUUUCAAUUUGGCAAAAAAAAAACUUAAAAAAUACUGCGCAACAAGGUGGGUACAACAACACGAAUCAAUUGGAACCUAUAUAGAUUUACAACCAGCUGUUAUUGACGCCUUAGAAAACAUUUCAAAUACUUGGACAGAUUCAAAAACAACCUCCGGAUCUUUUCAACUCCUUUCAGCAAUAAAAACCUUGGCGUUUCAAGUGUCAAUUCACGUUUUGCAUUCAGUACACGCAUUGGCUUUAUCAUUGAGUAGAGUUUUACAAACAGAAAAUCAAUAUUUGGUUGAGGCUGUUAAGAAAGCAGAUGCAGCAAAACACGAACUUGAAGAAAGAAGACAAUAUUCUACAGAAAACUUCAACAACAUUUUUGUGACUGUAGAAGAUAUUUGUAAGAAGUACAAUAUACCUGUGACUAAACCAAGACUUGCAUCACGCCAAACUAACCGUUCUAACAUUAUAACAGACUCCGUAGCAGAUUAUUAUAAAAUUAUUAUUUACAUACCAUAUCAUGAUUUAUUUAUCACUCAUCUUCAAGAUCGCUUCCUUAAACAUCGAAAUAUUUUGUCCAACUUCUCAUGUCUUUUUCCUGUUGAAACUAAAUCUUUAGACAAAGUUGCUUGUAAAAUGUUGUUUGAAACCUACAGUUCAAUUUUACACGACGAUUCCCCAGAAAUUUGGAUAAGUGAGGUAGAAAUUUGGCGACGACGACUAGUUGGUAAAAAUAUUCGAAACGUCCUUGAUGCCCUCGAUAUUUGUAAUGCAGAUGCAUUUCCAAAUGUCCAUAAAAUGUUACGAGUAAUGUCAGUUUUGCCUGUGACUACAACGACUAAUGAAAGGUCAUUUUCAACAUUACGUCGGCUGAAAACUUACCUACGAUCAACAAUGGGCGAAGAUCGCUUAAAUGGACUGGCAUCAUUGAAUAUACAUCGUGAUAUAAACGUGGACAUAAAUCAAGCACUGAAUCAAUUCUUUUCUGUCCCUCGUGGCCUCGUCGAGUUAAUUUAUUAA